CCCGCUCCUGAAUAUUAAUAAGGUCGGUGGGCGUGUCGCCAGAAGCAUCUGGGCCGGAGGUGCGCAUGCGCGCAGCUCCGCCUGCUACAACAAGAAGCAAGGAGCCGCCAGGCAAGAUGGCCGACCUGGGGAAGAAGUACUGCGUUAACUGUCUCGCGGAUGUUACGAACCUGCGGCUGCGCUGCACCGACUGCCCCGAUAUCGAGCUGUGCCCGGAGUGCUUCUCGGCGGGGGCGGAGAUUGGCAACCACCGGAGAUGGCACGGCUACCAGCAGGUCGACGGCGGGCUGUUCUCGCUCUGGGGUCCCGAGGCGGAGGGAGGAUGGAGCAGCAGGGAAGAGCAGUCGCUGCUCGAUGCUAUCGAGCAGUAUGGAUUUGGAAACUGGGAGGACAUGGCGGCUCACGUCGGAGCAUCCCGAACUCCGCAGGAAGUCAUGGAGCACUACGUCACCAUGUACAUUCACGGUAACCUGGGCAAAGCCUGCAUCCCCGACAGCAUUCCCAACCGAGUGACGGACCACACCUGUCCGAGCGGGGGGCCACUGUCGCCCAGCCUCACCACCCCGCUUCCCCCGCUGGACAUCAGCCUGGCGGAGCAGCAGCAGCUCGGCUACAUGCCGCUGCGCGACGACUACGAAAUCGAGUACGACCAGGACGCGGAGAAGCUCAUCAGCGGGCUGUCGGUCAACUACGACGACGAGGACGUGGAGAUCGAGCUGAAACGCGCCCACGUGGACAUGUACGUGCGCAAGCUGAGGGAGCGCCAGAGGCGUAAGAACAUUGCUCGGGACUACAACCUGGUUCCCGCGUUCCUCGGCAGAGACAAAAAAGACAAGGAGAAGGAGAAACCGGGAGGGCUGGGAGUGACGGGAGCUUCUGUAGGAGCGGGAGGAGCAGGAGCAACUGGAGCUGUCAGCUCGGCGUCCGUGACGGGAUCCGGGUCCGGCCCCGUUCCGGGCACACCUAAAAGAAAAAUCACCAAGGAGGAGAAGGAGCARCGGAUGAGGCUGCGGGCGCUCUGCCAGUUCAUGGCCCACCGGGAGUUCGAGGAGUUUUUCGAGAACAUGCACAAAGAGCGACUGCUCAGGGUGAAGGUGCGUGAGCUGCAGCGCUACCGCCGCAACGGCAUCACGCGCCUGGAGGAGUCCGUGGAAUACGAGGCGGCGCGCCACAAACGGGAGAAACGCAAGGAGAACAAGAGCUUGGUCGCCUCCAAACGCGGCAGCUCCGUCGGGGGUGGGCUCGGCUCUGGGACGGGCGGUGGAGCUGGAGGAGGCGGAGCCGGGGGGCUGGGGGGUGCAGGCGGGCUCAAAGAGGAUGGUAAAGAUGGUGAGUUCGCUGCCAUAGAGAACCUGACGGGCUUYGAGCUCCUGUCCGAUCGGGAGAAGGUGUUGUGUAACUCUCUGAACCUCAGCCCCACGCGCUACCUGACUGUCAAAACCAUCAUCAUCAAAGACCACCUGCAGAAAAGACAGGGCAUCCCGGCCAAGAGCCGAAUGCCCAGCUACCUGGACAAAGUCCUGAAAAAACGCAUUCUUACUUUCCUCACAGAGAGCGGCUGGAUAUCCAGAGACGCCUCGUAGGGAAUAAUAAUCUGAGGAUCACUGGUAGCUGCUGAGACUGAACCAAACUGACUGUCACAGAGAGCGCUUUUUCAAUUCAGGGUUGACUUUGUGAAUAUGUACAUUACUAAUAAAGAAGAUGUCCUACUGGAAAUUUAAAAAAAGUAUAUUUUCAUGCACAGAUUAAAAAUAAAACAAAAAGCUAAU